AUGGAUGGAAUCAUACAAUCGUUACCUCCGUGGCUACGUCAGUAUUCUACCUAUAUUGACUUUGUGGGACAACGCAAAGCCGAGAAAAUAUUUCAGGUGAUCUUGGUGGCAGCCGCAAUAAUAGGUUUCUUCAUUGGUUAUACUACACAACAACUUUCGCACGCAGUCUACACGUUGGGUGUCGGCUUCGUUGUCUCUUGUAUCUUAGUUCUACCACCGUGGCCCUAUCUUAGACGUAAUCCGAUCCACCUGCCUGACUUGGGCAUUUUGAAAUGUCCACGGUGUCCGGAUCGUUUGGAGGCACUAGAUUUGGAGCAUUUUGUGGAGGAUGGUGUUCGAUAUCAACGGGUGAUGUGGAUGUGCAAGGGCAUAUCGAAAGGAAAACCUAAGAAAGCAGUGGAUACGUCGUCAAAUGCGAGUACGGUCAGUUCACAUGGACGUAGAAAGAGGAAGCGUGUGCAUCUCGCCGAUACGUCGUCAAUCGUUGAUGAUGGCCUUUCGGUUUCCGGAAGGAGUGAAACACCAGUAUCAUCAGGUUGUGCAACGAGAGGUAGUAGCGAAUGUCCGUCACCAGUUUCAUCCACAAGUGUUGCGUCGUCGUCUUGUGUCUCAUCAUCGGAAAGUGCUGCGAAUAAGUGUGCAGCACCAUCGUCAAAAGUUGUUUGCAGCAAGAGUGUUUCGUCCGUGAAUAGCAGUUCGAAUUCUCGUUCACAAACAAUUCUAGUGCCAGCAACACUCGGCGAUCAUCACACCACAACCGCUACGAACACUUCGGCGAUAGAUGCAAACAGCUGUGUGUUGACUUCAUUUGAACAUCCCCCUCAAGCCACAUCAUUUUCGAUGUUACCAGAUAUGAGUACUGCUGAACGAUCACCUACAAUUCGAUCAUCAACGAUGGCACAUGUUUCGAAUGCAACGGCAUCGAACAUUGACAGUAAUGAAUGUUCACAUCUGAAAACAAGUUGUAAUUCUGAGCAUUUGAUGACAACAAUCAAUUCGAUCGGCAGUGAUGUCGUGCAUUCAAUCACUGGUGUCGAUUCAUCAGAUAAGGUAUUAGCUUCAUCGUCAUCAGUGAAAUAUUGUGAAGGAAACGAAGCGAAUGAUUCGUCUGGUCAGCAGAAAUUACCUAGUCCUUCACUGACCUCAACAGCUCGAAGUACCAUCGAAUCAUCUGCGACAAACACUUCCGAAAAAAUGCCAUCCGAUGAAACGAUUCUUUCUCAAAUGGAGUAUGAAGGCGAUAAGUGUGGCGAAGUUGAGGCUCCGAUGCGUGUUGUUGUAAUCGAUGAUGAAAUCGACCACAGUGAAACAGUGGAUACUAAAAAGGAAGCUGCAACUGAUUCGAUGAAGAACAUUUCAUCGUUGUCUGCAAUGGACAGUUCCGUAUUAUCAAAGUCUAAUUCCCCCUCCCAACAGGUUUCAAGUAAUCAGGCAGAAUUCAAGCCAACAACCGAUAUUCCAACUUCAUCGCAUCACUCAGCAAAUGAUUUCAAUCCUGAUGGUGUCCUUCUACCAAAACAGAUUAGAAGUCUCAAAAAAUUUGUCGCCCAGACAUCAUCAUCGUCUGCACCGACUGACUCAUUUGCAAUGGAUGAUGAGGAGUAUGUCGCGGAUUUUGCUGAAAGAUGCCAUGAGAAUCUGAAGAAAGAUAAAGCAAAGAAAGAAGAGAUGAUGCGUGCAAGUGUCUGUUCUGUUUCGGACAAGAGAGGUGAGGCAUCACCGUUUGAACCGUGGAUGCUGCGGCGACCGGGUAUGUUCGAUAAGCUCGAUUGGAGGAAACCAGUCCGGCUGGGUUGUGGUUCAGCAUGGGAUGCAUUUGUAACAAAUUACAAUCUUCGUUACAAUCGUGACAGUUUUUUGAAAGCACUGGGUGAAGAAAUGCGUAAUGAAGGGAUUGUUUGUCAUGACGCAACACUUACCGUCAAGCAGCAGCGUAUGAUGGAGAAGGUAUUACGUUCGUGUAAAGAACUUGACGGCGAAAAACAACUGGAACAACUUGAGAAAACAAUCGAUUUGAGCGCAUUACGUGAACAAAUUUCAAACGGUGUUGGUGUAUCUGAGGUAUUACAAAGCAAGUGUGCUCCUCAUGCGGUUGACAGUCAUAGGAGAAUUGAGCAAGCAAAACAAAUCGGUACUUCGAAUACCGAAGAAUAUCAAGGUAAUCAAAGCGAGACCGUUUUCAAGAAGGUCUAUCCGCGACAAAUCACAGUGGAAAGUAGUGAAACCACGACUGAACAAAAAAUGACAACAACUGAAAUCAAAUCUGAAGAUACAAUGGUACGUCCAUUGUGCUCUGAUAUGGAAAAUACGGUUAAAGAAGCAGUGCAAAAAUAUGUUGAGAGAUAUGUGACCGAAAUGAAAAGUUCAUCUCGCAAAAAAGCCAAAUUUACAAGGUCACAGUUACGCGAUGAAGGACAGUCGCAGGAGUUUGAAGGCGAGACACCAGAAACGCAAGAUGUUCAGUCUGUUUGUCCAGAUGGUGAGGGAUCACAGUUGUUCGGUAGCUGUGAAGAUGAAUUCUUUGAAAUGGAAAAUAAUCUUGAAUUUGAUUUUUAA